AUGCCCGCCAUCACACAAGAUGCGAUUCUUCAAUCUCUGAACGAGGCGCAACGCCGCGCCGUAACAUCAACUGCACCGACUGUUGCCAUUCUCGCUGGCCCCGGAAGUGGAAAGACCCAUACCCUUACAUCGCGUGUAGUAUGGCUUAUCCAACAAGUCGGCUAUCGCCCCUCCGACGUGGUCGUCGCAACAUUUACCGUCAAGGCCGCCAGGGAGAUGAAAGAGCGAAUUGGAAAAAUACUGGGCGAAGAAUGCGAAAAGAAAAUUGUGCUUGGAACGUUUCACUCGAUCGCGCGAAGAUAUUUGUCCAUAUACGGAAACCGAAUCGGAUUGGAGGCGAAAUUUGGCAUUGCAGAUGAUGGAGACUCCAGGGCAAUUAUUCAGAGAAUCUGCAAAAGGCUGAGUCUCAGCAUCGAACCUCAACACGCAAAAUCAUGGAUUAGCAAAGAGAAAGCGAAAGGCCCAAAUGCAGCGGUGCCACUUCCAUCGCAGAAAGGCAGAAAGGAGAACCCAGCGCUCAGGACAUGCUACGACGAAUACCAAGCUCAACUCAAGAGAUCAAAUCUGCUGGACUACGAUGACCUUCUGGUAAAAUGCGUUGAGUUGCUUCGAGAUCACCCGGCUUGCGUCUCCAAUGUUCAGACUGUCCUCAUCGACGAGUACCAAGACACCAACGGCAUCCAGUACGAACUUAUGAAACUCUUCGCUCAAGCAAACCGACGAAUAACGAUCGUUGGUGACCCCGAUCAGAGUAUCUAUGGUUGGCGAUCGGCCGAGGUCAAAAACCUUUUCCGUUUGCUGCGAGAAUACCCCAAUACAGACGAAAUCUCACUGGAAGAAAAUUACCGAUCUUCACAGGCUAUCUUGGAUGUAUCGCUUGAUGUUAUUCAGCAAGACAAGAAGCGAUACAAGAAAGUUCUGCUACCGGUGCAUACUAAGGGAGCGCGACCGGUACUCAGAAUGUUGAAAAGCUCGUCUGCUGAAGGCGAAUGGAUUGUUUCAGAAAUCAAGCGAGCAGUCAUGAUGUUUGGGGAGAUGCUCAAAUUUGAAGAUGUCGCAAUUCUCUUGAGAUCUGCUGCCCUUUCCCGGCAUAUCGAAUCAGCUCUGGGAAAAGCUGGUGUCGCAUACCGAAUGAUUGGAGGGCACAAAUUCUACGAACGAAAAGAGAUCAAAGUGUUGAUUGACUACCUCAGAGUGGUCAGCCAGCCUGAGAACAACGACGCGCUCGCUAGAAUCAUCAACGUACCAAGACGAGGCAUUGGAGAGGCAACAGUCAAGUCCCUGAUCGAAGAAGCCGAGCAGUCCAACAUGAGCCUCUGGACCCUGAUCUUGAAACACUGCAGAGGCGACCGCAAGGCCAAAGCCAACAUCAGACCCAAGAUGGAGCAAAAGCUCAACACGGAACUUAUUCGAACCAUUAAGAGUUUACAAAAACAAGCCAGCGAAAUUAGCCAGAGCAGCCCGGUUACUCUGGUAAAUCUGCUAGAACAAUUACUAACGCACCUCGAUUUCAAGAAGUAUCUCGAGGAAGAAUACACAGAAGAUCACGAACAGCGAUGGGCCAACGUUCAGGAAUUUAUUAAUCUGGUCACCGACUUCAUGAAAGACUUUGGCGCCCCAGAAGAAGAUGCGCUUCCAGAAAUCGAGGACCUUGACCAGGUGAAGAAUGACGAUAUGCUGGGCCGCUUCCUGGCCAAUGUAUCGCUUGCAUCGGACGCACAGAACAAGGGCGAUACAAAGGACCAGAAGUCUCUAGUCACGAUAUCGACGAUUCACGCAGCAAAAGGAUUGGAGUGGCCUGUUGUGUUUGUGCCAUCGGUUUACACAGGAUCGAUACCUCACUCAAGAUCAGAAGAUACAGAUGAGGAAAGGCGUCUUUUGUACGUGGCAAUGACACGAGCACAAUCGCUGCUGUAUCUGAGCUGUCCGCUAUAUGGCUCUCAAGGUAUGAGCAGUAAAGUCGAGCUUUCACCGUUCGUUGCACCGUUUGCGUCCAAGGUCUUCGCCAAAAAGGGUCCAUCAUUCGACAGAGCAGUCGUGGAAGGUGUUGCCAAAAUUCUUGGCCGAGAUGCUCCAUCUGAGAAAACAGUUUUUGGAAAGCUCCCUCCUAUGUCCUCAAUCGAAGAUGACAUGUUCCCAAUUGACCCUAUCGACCCAAAGAACGUGGAUAGGUACGAUGAAGAAACUGGUCGACAAUUCUCUCGAGCACCGAAACGACAGCGUGUUGCACAACCUACUACCUCUUACGACGAAACAGAUGAGCUUCCUUGGCAGAGGGAGUAUGCUACAACAAUGGAGCAGGCAUCCGAUUUCACUGUCUCUGCUUUGCCAGGUUUUACAACUGCCGGAGCUCAUAGAGUCGCUCUGGAUGCUGCAGCUGCAGCAAGCGCAGCGCAGGCGGCCAGCUCGAAACCAGGACCGAAGAAGGGAUCAACCAAACGGGGCGUCGGUCAAAGGAGUAUGCUUGGUUGGCUUAACCAAGGAUCAAAUGCACCUAAGCCUCCGCCUGAGCCUCAACCACAACCGCAACAGAGUAAGUCUUUCGCGCAGGUUCGGUAUCAGGCAACUUUGUCGCGACAGAACAGCUUGCACGCCGGGUUAUCUGCAUUGCCACCACAAAAACCAGCGAUUGAUCCAGAAUUGGCGAAACACAAAUUGCCGACUGGACGACCCUUGGCGAAGCCCAAUGUGCCCAAGGUAGAUGAUGGCGGUCCUCGAAAACCGUACUCCUGCUUCUCCAGUUCACCACCGCGACCUCCGUUGAGGAAGGAAGAAGACAAUAAGAACACCGAAGAAGAAAUGCCUAACAAGCCUGCUUCGAGUCUUCAUGCGACUACAUUCAUGUCGGCUAAGCCCAAUGGUGGUCAUCAAGAGUCAUCUCACAAUAAAAUCACACCUCAAUACUUUAUCAAACAGUCAACUUCAACCCCACAAAACACCAUGAUGCCCACUGUUACCACCCGCUUCUCCACCUCUGCCCUGCAGGGCGCUCGCAGGUAUAUCUCGACUACCUCGCCCAAGCAGAAUGUUACUGCUAGCAGCGCUCCUGCUUCCCUUAUGACCAAAUGGAACAACCUCUCUCCUCAGAACAAGCGAUACGCUAAAGUAGGCCUCACGGUCGCUGCCAUUGCGGAUGUUUACGUGCACUACACCUACUGGCCUGUUAUCCAGAGCUGGUUUAGCGGUGCUGAGAAGGCUGGAAAGAACUAA